AACUUGUUGCGUUCCUCCGCUUCUCCGUUUUCUGCCAAUGGCAGUUAAGUAAAUGCCGUAACUCGGUCCUUACGUUCAGCGCCUGCGUACUCUUAGCUUUCUAACUUUUUCUCCCGUCAUACUUCCGCAACCUAUCCGGCAACAAAGCGGUCUUAUAUUGUCGGUGAAUCGUGCGCACAUCGCAACUUCUCUUUUACGGAAAAUCUUUUUCAAUUCAGACUUUUCCAUUCGCAAAGAAAAACAGCAAUAUUUUAUCGCAUAACUCUGAAUUAAACAUUUGCUUGAAAUCAUCUGUUCGUUACAAAUGGAAUAAAUCUACUUUGAGAUCGUUUUCAAAUUAUAAAGAAAAGAAAAAAUACAAUCAAAACUAUUUUAUUUCUACUAAAACUUUGACUUGUGUUUGAACGCAGUUUAAAAACUAUGAAUCUGUGCUUGAAAUCAAGAAACUAAUUAUCGUCUGCUUUUCUUUAAAUAAAAAAAAUCGUUUUCAAAUAAAAUUUUGUGAAAUUUAUUGAGCCCAUGAGAGGUGAUUUGAAGACCAGCAUGAUGCCACUGGCUCCAGCAGCCAUGUUGCCUUCUCACCGAACCGCAACCAGUUCUAAUAAGCCAAAAUUAGGUUUUUCUAUCGAAUCUAUCGUUGGUCUUGAGCCAUCAUCAAAGAAUAAAAGUCCUCCUGUUCCAGAAGACGAUGACCAUUGCUCUGACGGCGAAGUGACUACUUUGACACCACCACCAGCACACAGUCAUUCAAAACUUACAACAUCAAGCAAUUCACCUUUUUAUAGAGUUGGUGAAGACCUUUAUCCUAGUUACGGACAAUAUACUCCCCAAAGGAUACCACCAACAAGAGCACCAGAAUAUGCACAUCGAGGUGAAAUGUUAUCUCCCCAUGGACAGCAUGGUGCUCUGCCAUAUCCAUCUGUGAUGUCUCCUUAUGGAGCAGCCAUUGGACUUGGACAUUGCCAUGGACAAUAUCCAUUAUCCUCUUAUCUGGUCAACAGGGACUAUCCUUCCUAUACAUGGAUGAUGUCUAGGCAACAGCCUAGAAUUUUACCUUACAGACCGCAAGGUUCACAAAGUGCGAGCUUUAUUCUGCAUCAGUUUCGCAAACCUAAAAGAAUACGGACGGCCUUCUCACCAUCUCAACUCCUAACUUUAGAACAUGCUUUUGAGAAAAAUCAUUAUGUUGUGGGAACAGAAAGAAAGCAAUUAGCCCAGAGUCUAAAUCUAACAGAAACUCAGGUGAAGGUUUGGUUCCAAAACAGGCGAACCAAACACAAAAGGCAGAAGCAAGAGGAAGAGCAACAUACUCGACCUUCCGACGGGCAGAAAGAAGGAAAAGAAGACGAUGAAUCUAAAGAUGGCCGUUCAUCACCCUUAUCCCCAGGAAUGGAAGACUCUGAUGAAUAUCCCUGUGAAGAUGACGAUGAUGAAUGCGAUGACGCUCCAUUCGAACAUCACCAAAAUCCUACCUCAUGAUGCCACUCUCCUUUUUGUAAAUAAUCCAUUAUUGUCGAAUAAUUUCUGUUCGAGCGAAAUGGGCUGUCAUGAGCUCUAAUACACUUUUUUGUGCACUGUUCCAAAUUAGCAUUAAGAGUCAAGAAAAAAUGUUACUGAAGUAAAAAUCCAAUUCUCGUAUCACGUUUUAAGUUUCACUGGUGAAAAUGACGUCACAUAUACUUCAGUAUUCAUUUGUGUCGUGCGUCGACUCUCAUUCGCCAAACUAAUCACGUGGUACGAGUUUAGACUGAUGCUUUUCAAAGUGGAUGUUAUAGGUUUCAACAGAUACAAUCUUUCAGGGCAAAAUCCCACAUGGACAUAAUCUAGUCAGGAUAAAAUCUUACUCCGAAAUCUUACCCAGAAAUGUUUUGUUCGAGCGAAGUUUUGUCUACGAGAGAUUAUGCCAACUACAGAUUUGGUUUUACCAGAUUCGCAUUUCAACUGUUUGUAAACAUUUGUGGACUUUCAAGCGUAGAGUGGACUUAAAUUUUGCCAGGGACAUGCUGAUCUUCGAUGCAAUUGUUUUACUCUUACAUUCCAGUGAUUUCAUUAAGAUAAUAUUUUUUUGAGGAGCUUGAAGUGUUACGAACUUGUUUACAAUGUCAAGGAAAAAUAAAAAACCAAAGAUGCAUGA